UAUAUGUUCAUACAAAAGACUUGCGUUGGAAAGAAAGUACAACGUCUCAGUCACUUGCCCAUAAAGAAGAGUAAGUGUUUGUUUUGGGAAGAAUGUGUUUCGAACUUUUACAGUAAGAAGUAUUCUUCCGUUGUUUUUGUUAUUACUGAUUGUCACAAGGCCUCUCGUUUACCUGAUUUUCUGGAAAAGUAUGGUUCUAUUGAACGGUUAUUUCCACCUUCAGAACAACUCCUUAUGACGGAAUACUUGUUAUACUCUACUAGUGCUGAUUCCAAGUAUUUUCCUGGAUGUCAAGUGAAGGAGACCCUAGUACAGUGGUUAGAGAGACGAAAUUAUUUACUAGCCAUCUUUCCUUUACAUAAUGAAGAACAUUUGAAAAAGUCAGCUUCUUUAAUGCGUAUUUGGAAUAUUCUUCGAUUGGAGCCUUUUACUUGUGAAGAGUUGAGAGACUAUUUUGGGGACGAGAUUGCCUUGUAUUUCACCUUUCAUGCUUGCUACCUCUCAAGAAUUAUUCCAUUGGCAAUACUAGGUUGUUUGACUUGGUUCUUAGAAUCUUAUUAUUCCUCUAGUUUGAUAGGUGCUGUAUUUUGUUUAUGUGCAGUGAUAUGGUCCGUUUUCUUUUUGGAAAGUUGGAAAAGAACCAAUGCACAGGUGUGUCAUCGAUGGUCUUUUAUAGAAAUGGGACAAGCCAAGGACUGGAUGGAAGAGUGGAAGGAAGAUAUUCGUACCGAAUACUUUGGUGAUUGGGGAAUAGAUCCUAUUACAGGAGAACAAGUACUUGUGUAUCCUUAUUGGAAAAGACUAUUGAGAAUCACUAUUUGUUGGUUGAUUGUGGUUUGGAUACUUUUGAUUUCCAUUGGCAUUAUGUUUGCGUUUACUCAAUGGGAGGGACAGAUUGAAUGGAAGAGUUCCAUACCUACGCUCUGUUAUGUGUUGGUUGUGUAUGUAUUGGAAUACACUUAUACUCAUAUAGCUGAAUGGCUCACCCAACAUGAAAACCACAAAACCCAGACAGAGUUCGAGAAUCAUCAAGUAGCCAAAUUAGUCAUCUUUCAAUUCUUCAAUAUGAAUAUGUCGUUGUUGUAUUCGGCAUUUUUUGAAAGAGAUUUCUUUCGUCUUCGUUCUUCAUUGUCAUCCUCCUUUUGAUUUUCAAUGUAACUGCUUGGAAUAUAUUGGAGACUUUGUUGCUUGCUAUUUAUAACCGAAUAUAUAGAAAAAAGUUAUC